AUGGCGGACUACAAUACCAAUCUCUCAAAAGUAAAAUACAAUGAGUUCGUCCAUACGCAGGUACGGAGGUUCAUUGUCACCAAACGGAAACGAGAGUUCUGCUUCGCUGUCCCGAUCUUCACCUACGACAACAAGGGUACCACCAAACGUGGGGUAGUCCCAGAUGAGCAUGCUAUUGCCUACUCCUGGGGGUCGACACCGCAACUCGUGCUUGGUGAAGCGCCACUCGUAAAGUCUGCAAUUCCGAUCGUCAUGGACGACAAUACACAGCCGCUAGUCCCAGCAUCGAGGAUCUACUUCGCUAUCCACCACCCGAUACAGUUCAAUGUCAAGGUCAAAAGCCUUGGAUAUGUUCAUCCGGAUUAUCUGCCUACCUUCCUCGGGUACUGGAACCAGGAGAACUCCGAUUCAACUCAAGACCCCGAUGUGACCCAGACUUGA